GCCGAUCGCCGACUCGUCGAUGAUGGCGUCCUGGUCCGAGAAAAAGUGGGUGUGGGUUGCCGACAAGGCCGAAGGUUACAUCGCCGGCUCCAUCGUCAGCGUCGAAGGCGAAAAUGCCACCCUUGACCUCACCAACGGAACGAAACGCACCGUCAACAUCAACGAGACCGAGAAGAUGAACCCUCCCAAGUUCGACCGCGUCGAAGACAUGGCUGAUCUGACCUAUCUCAACGAGGCUUCUGUGGUUCACAACCUCCGCCUCAGAUACUCGACCAAUCUGAUCUAUACCUACUCUGGCCUCUUCUUGGUGGCAGUCAAUCCGUACAAGAAGCUCCCCAUCUACACCGAUGACGUCGUGCGGGCCUACAAGGGCAAGAAGCGCAGCGAGAUGCCUCCGCACAUCUUUGCCACGGCCGACAUGGCUUACACCGACAUGCUCGAGGACCGCGAAAACCAGUCCAUCUUGAUCACUGGUGAGUCCGGUGCCGGAAAGACCGAGAACACCAAGAAGGUCAUCCAGUACCUCGCUUCGAUCGCGUGCUCGGCCCACGGCAGCGGCAGUAGCGGCAAGGCCCUCGGUACCCUGGAGCAACAGAUCCUGCAAGCCAAUCCGAUCCUGGAGGCUUUUGGCAAUGCUCAGACCAUCCGCAACAACAACUCGUCCAGAUUCGGCAAGUUUAUCCGGAUCGAGUUCAACUCCUCUGGCCAGAUUGCUGGAGCAAACAUCCAGCGAUAUCUGCUCGAGAAGUCCCGCGUGACCCACCAAACCUCCAAAGAGAGGAAUUAUCACAUCUUUUACCAACUUCUCAAGGGCGCCACUCCCGAUAUUCGAGAGAAACUGCUGCUGGACGGAGGCGCAAACGACUAUGCCUUCACUAAAGAGUCCAACAAGACCAUCGACGGCGUUGACGACGUUGCCGAGUUCAAGCUCCUGAGAGACGCUAUGAACAUCAUGAACCUUAGCUCCGAGGAGCACAUGGACUACUUCCGAGUGAUUGCGUCCGUUCUCCAUCUCGGCAACAUCCAAGUCGCCCCCGACCGCGAGGACCAGGCCAAGCUCGUCGAGUCCUCCCAGACGGUGGUCGAGAAGAUCUGCCAUGUCCUCGGCAUCUCCGUGGCCGAGUUUACAAAGGGUUUGCUGAAGCCCAAGGUCAAGGCCGGGCGCGAAUGGGUUGUGCAGUCGCGCAACUGUGACCAGGUCAUGUACUCGAUCGAGGCCCUGGCCCGCGCCAUCUACGAGCGCAUGUUCGCCGAUCUCGUCGAUCGCAUCAACCGCUCAAUCGAGACGAGUGCAUCCAAGACAGCCUUCAUUGGGGUGCUCGACAUUGCUGGCUUUGAGAUAUUUGAGUUGAACAGCUUUGAGCAGCUGUGCAUCAACUACACCAACGAGAAGCUCCAGCAGUUCUUCAACCACCACAUGUUCAUUCUUGAGCAGGAGGAGUAUAAGCGAGAAAACAUCGAGUGGAAGUUUAUUGAUUUCGGGCUCGAUCUCCAGCCCACCAUCGACCUGAUUGAAAAGACAUCCCCCAUUGGAAUUCUGUCUUGCCUGGAUGAGGAGUGCGUUAUGCCCAAGGCCACCGACAAGACCUUCAUCGAGAAGCUCCACGGUCUUUGGAAGGGCAAGUCUUCCAAAUACGAGGUGCCGAGAUUCAACUCGGCCUUCAUUCUGCAGCACUAUGCGGGCAAGGUUGAGUACACCGUCACGGGCUGGCUGGACAAGAACAAGGAUCCCCUCAACGAGAACAUCACCAAGCUCUUGUCGACGUCGAGCGAAAAGUACAUUGCCUCGCUGUUCUCGGACUAUUCUGGCGACGCCGAGGAGGCCAACCCCAAGGCUCGCGGCGUAACCAAGAAGGGUGCCUUCCGCACCGUGGCCCAGAAGCACAAGGAGCAGCUCGCAUCGCUGAUGAGCCAGCUCUACUCGACUGAGCCUCAUUUUGUGCGCUGCAUCAUCCCGAACGAGGAGAAAAAGGCUGGAAAGCUCGACGUCAACCUCGUCCUUGAGCAGUUGCGAUGCAACGGUGUCCUGGAAGGCAUUCGCAUCUGUCGUGCUGGCUUCCCAAAUCGUCUGGUCUUUGCCGACUUCCGCCAGCGCUACGAGAUUCUCACGCCUGGAUUGAUUCCCAAGGGAACCUUCAUGGACGGUCGCCAGGCGGCACAGAUCUUGCUUGAUGCCCAGAACCUGGACAAAAACCAGUACCGCAUUGGAACCACCAAGAUCUUUUUCCGGGCAGGCGUGCUGGCCCAAAUGGAAGAGCUCCGGGACAUCAAGUUGUCCAAGAUCGUCGCCAAGAUCCAAGCCAUCAUGAGAGGCUACUUGUGCAGGCGAUACUACAAGAAGCGACUGGACCAGCUGCGCGCCAUCCGCAUCAUCCAGCGCAACGCUCGCAUCUAUGUGACUCUGCGCGAGUGGUCGUGGUGGAAGCUCUAUACCAAGGUCAAGCCUCUCCUCAACGUCUCGCGAGCCGAUGAAGAGCUUCGAAAGAAGGAGGAAGCCGCUCGCGAAUGGGAGGAACGAGCCAAGAAAGAGCAGGACGAGCGGGCCAAGAUCGAAGCCGAACGCGCCCGCCUCGAGGCCGAGAUGAAGCGCAUCGAGGAUUUGCUGGUGCAAGAAAAGAACGCCGCCGGUGACCAGGCCGAGAUCCUGGCCCGGACCCAGAAGCGAGAAAUCGAUCUGACCGAGGAGCUCAAGGACGCCAACGCUGAGCUCGACAAGAAGGAAGCCCUGAACGACGAGCUCUCCAAGACCAAGAAGAAGCUCGAAGGCGAGCUCCGCGAGCUCAAGGACGCUCUCGGAGAAGAAAAGUCUACGCUCGAGCGCUUGGAAAAGGACAAGCUCCAAAAGGAACAGCGCAUCAAGGAGCUCGAGGCCGACUUUCAGAACGAGAAUGCCACGACCAAGAAGCUCGAGGGCGACAAGCGCUCGCUGGAAGCUCAAAUCUCCGACAUCCUCAAGCAGCUCGAGGACUCUGGGGCCAGCUCUGCAGAGCUGCUCAAAGCCAAGGCCAAGAUGCAAGCCAACAUCACCGAGCUUGAGCAACGUCUGGAGCAGGAGGCCGAGGAGAAGGCCAAGCUUGAGCAGCGAAAGUCCAGCCUCGAAGCCGAACUCAAGACUGCCCGCGACAACAUUGCCGAGCUGAGCCAGGCCAAGGCCGACCUGGACGCCACCAUCAAGAAGAAGGACAAUGAGCUCGCUUCCGUCAACGAACGUCUCAAGCAAGAAACCACCGAGAAGGAUGGUAUCGAGAAACAGCGCCGCGAGCUUCAGCUCAAGCUCAACAAGGCUGAGGAGGACCUUGAGACCGAGCGCGGCGAGAAGGACAAGCUUGCCAACCAGAAGAAGAAGCUCGAGAAGGAACUUGCCCAGCUUACGUCGCUUGUUGAAGAGAAGGGAAGCGAGGAGACCAAGCAGGGCGAGCUCCGAAGACUGCGUGAGAACGAGCUCAAUGACCUCAAGAUCCAGCUCGCCUCUGUCCAGAACGACCUGGAGGAGAACAAGAGACGAUCAACUCAGGUCAUCGACAAGUUCAAGGCCGACCUGGACGCCGCUCAGCAGGAGAAGGACGCCAUUGCCAAGAACAAGGCCACGCUGGACAAACAGCUCAGUACCCUCAAAGAGGAGCUCGAGCAGACCGAGGAGGAGCGCAGCAAGCUCGAAAAGUCCAAGCGGCAGCUCGAGAGCGACAUCCAGACCGCCAAGUCCAAUGUCUCCGAGCAGGACAGGGCCAUUGCCGAAUACAAGGCCAAGGUCGAGGCCCUCGAGAAGCAGGUCGCCACGCUGUCCGCCCGCCUGGAGGAGAGCGAGGCCAACCUGGCCCGGGUCGAGCGUGACCGUGCCGCCAACCAGAAGCAGUCCGAAUCGCUCAAGGACGAUCUUGAGGAGGAGGUCAAGAAGAGGACCACGCUCGAGGGUCAGAAGAAGAAGCUUACCGUGGAGAUGGCCGACCUCCAGGCCCGCCUGCAGGAAGAGGAGACAGCCAAGCUUGAACUGCAGCGCCGCUUGACUGCCAAGACGGCCGAGUUUGACUCGCUCAACGACCGCUUCAGCAAGGACUUCCAGGGUCGCAUGGCCGAGCUCGAAGAGACUAAAAAGAAGACCGAGCGUGAGCUUGCCGAGCUGCUGCUCAAAUACGAGGAGCUCGACCGUUCCUCGGCCAACAACGAGAAGACCAAGAGCAGGCUGGCCACCGAAAUCGAGGAUCUCCGGCUCGAGAUCGACCGCGAGCAUACCGCCACGAGAAACGCCGAGCGCCAGGCCAAGCAGAUCGAGAGUCAACUUGCAGCCGUCAACAUUUCGUUUGAGAACGAGCGCCGGCAGAGAGAGCUGGCUGAGGCAAGCGGCCGCAAGCUGCAGUCCCAGCUCGACUCGAUGCAACUCGAGCUCGACGAGAAGAACAACAACCUGAGCUCGCUGCAGAGGUCCAAGAACGAUCUCGAGCACGAACUCAAGUCCCUGAUUGACGAGAUUGGCGAUGGUGGCAAGAACAUUCACGAGCUCGAGAAGGCCAAGCGCCGUCUGGAAACCAAGAUUGACGAGAUGCAGCAGCGCCUUGACGAGGAAGAAGCCGCCCGCAAGAAGGUCGAAGAGGCCAAAGUGACCAUCGAGAACCAGCUCAACGACUACCGCCGCAAGACCGAGGCCGACUUGGCUGCCAAAGACAGCCAGAUGGAGGAGACGCGCCGCAUGCUGCUCAAGGAAGUCAAUUCUCUUGGCGAGCAGCUCGACGAGACCACGGCCCAGCGCAACGAAUACCUCAAGGCCAAGAAGAAGCUCGAGGAGCAGAUCGAGGGCCUCUCGACCAAGGCCGAGUCUUCCGCCAAGGGCCAGUCUGAUCUUGAGAAAGCCAAGAAGAAGGCCGAGAGCAGCCUCCGCGAAAAAGAAAAGGUCAAGCUCGAUAGCAAGAUCGAGGAAAUGACCAAGAUCUACCAGAGUGCCGUCGGUCAGCAAGAGGAUCUGCAGAACCAGAUCGGGUCGCUGCUGAACCAGGUCCGCGAUCUGCGCUCCAACGUUGAAGAGCUCGAG